AUGAAGCUCACUGUGAAAACUCUCAAAGGUAGCCACUUCCAAAUCAGCGUUCAGCCAAAUGACACGAUUAUGGCAAUAAAGAAAACCAUUGAAGAUGCAAAAGGAAAAGAUAAUUACCCAUGUGGUCAGCAGUUGUUGAUUCAUAACGGGAAAGUACUGAAAGAUGAAAGUACCUUGGCUGAGAAUAAGGUCUCUGAAGAUGGUUUUCUGGUUGUCAUGCUAACCAAGCAGCCUGCACCUACUGCAGCAGCAGCAACUGCAGCACCAGUGAGUAAUCCAACUCCUGCAGCUGAAGCCCGACCAUCAUCACCUCUCCCUAAUAGCAGCAGAUCCGCUUCAGUUGCUCCCUCAAGCAACAGCCCUUUGGACCCUUAUGCUCAAGCUGCUUCAAAUUUAAUCGCUGGCAAUAGUCUCGAUCAAACCGUGCAACAAUUAAUUGAGAUGGGAGGUGGCAGUUGGGAUAGAGAGAUGGUUACUCGUGCACUUCGAGCUGCAUAUAAUAAUCCAGAGCGAGCUGUGGACUACCUGUAUUCGGGAAUUCCGGAGAGCCCAGAAGUUGCCGUUCCACUGGCCCAGCCAGCAGUUGAUUCUGUUAAUGUGACUGGUGCUGCUCAUGCCGCACCUGCUUCAGGGGCACCAAAUUCAUCCCCAUUAAAUUUGUUUCCUCAGGAGAACGUUUCUGGUGGUGGUGUUGGAUCCCUUGAUUUUCUAAGGAACAACCCUCAGUUUCAAGCAGUGCGUGCUUUGGUUCAAGGAAAUCCACAAAUUCUUCAGCCAAUGCUUUUGGAGCUUGGAAAGCAGAAUCCUUCACUAUUGUCGCUCAUACAAGAAAACCAACAGGAGUUCCUCCAAUUAGUUAACGAGAACGUUGAUGGUUCUGAAGGGGAUAUAUUUGAUCAAGGAGAGCAAGAAGACAUGCCUCAUGCUGUUAGUGUCACACCAGAAGAGCAGGAGGCUAUUGAAAGAAUGGAGGCGAUGGGUUUUGACAGAGCUCGUGUUAUUGAGGCCUUUUUAGCAUGCGAACGGAACGAAGAAUUAGCAGUCAACUACUUGUUGGAGAACGAUCGAGAUUUUGAGGAGGAUUGA